UCCAGUCACUGACAGGCGUCAACUUGUCGACGUCCGACUGUUUGCCCUCGCUAUUAUUAAUUUGGAACUUUUUUCUUCCCCCUGCCACGUGUUGAAGAUAUGGCACACUUCCUUGAUGGGACGGGACUCGGGGAAUGACGUUGAAAUCUAGCGGGACUGCAGCUCUACCGACCACAUCUGCAGGGCAAGAGGCUGGAAAGGAUCUUUAUCACACACCCAACGUCUUCUAGUUCAAUUUGCCAGCCGUGAAACUACUGAGACCGAAAUAUUGGGAAGGGGGUGAGAGAGGCUUUUUUGUUGAAACAGACUUGAGGAAAUUAAACAUUAUGAUGUCCCGAAGAUUGUGAAAACAUCAUGUCUACUUCCACAGAACAGAAAGAGGUCGGCUCGGUCUACCAGGUCAAUGGAAAUGCCUAUCCCAUUGAUGCAAACUCUGAUGACUUUACCGUUUCCAUAACCCCAAGCUCAUCCAAGGAGCUGGUGGAGAGAGAAGGUUCAGACUAUCUAACGGAGGAGAGGGGGCAGCUUGAGAGGACGGAGGUUGUGGUGAGGGACUCCCGGGCCAACGCCAAGGGUUUGAGGGAAGAAGACGCCCUUCUGGAGAAUGGCAGUCAAAGUAUCGACAGCGAUGACAUUAGCAGCAACCCCAGUCGUGCUGCAGAUUCCCUCAAAGAGACCUCUUUCUCCAUAGGACUACAGGUUGUCUUCCCAUUCCUGCUGGCAGGCUUUGGAACAGUGGCUGCUGGCAUGGUCUUGGAUAUAGUGCAGCACUGGAGUGUAUUUAAAGAGGUGACUGAGGUUUUCAUUCUCGUCCCAGCUCUGCUCGGUCUCAAGGGUAACUUGGAAAUGACCCUGGCUUCCAGACUCUCCACCGCGGCAAACAUCGGGCAGAUGGAUUCGGCAGCAGAGCAGUGGACGAUGAUCACAGGGAACCUGGCUCUGAUUCAGGUCCAGGCCACCGUGGUCGGAUUCCUGGCGUCGGUGGCAGCUGUAGUGUUUGGUUGGAUUCCCGAGGGCCAUUUCCAACUGGAGCACGCUCUCCUUCUUUGUGCCAGCAGCAUGGCCACGGCGUUUAUAGCUUCCCUCAUAUUGGGGGUAAUCAUGGUCGGUGUCAUUAUUGGCUCCAGGAAGAUUGGCAUAAACCCUGAUAACGUUGCCACCCCCAUUGCUGCUAGUCUGGGCGAUCUCAUCACCCUGGCACUUCUCUCUGGAAUCAGCUGGGGUCUCUACAUACAGUUGAAGGCUCACCCCUACAUCAACCCGCUUGUCUGCGCCUUCUUCGUGGUGCUGGCCCCACUGUGGAUCAUCAUAUCCAAGAAGAACCCGGCUACACGAGAGGUCUUGUACUCUGGCUGGGAGCCUGUCAUCAUUGCCAUGACCAUUAGCAGCGUCGGUGGGCUGAUCUUGGACAAAACGGUGUCUGAUCCAAACUUUGCAGGGAUUGCUGUUUUCACCCCAGUUAUCAAUGGUGUUGGCGGCAACCUAGUGGCGGUGCAGGCCAGCAGGAUCUCGACCUACCUCCACCUGUCUGCCGUGCCGGGUGCCACGCCGGGGGACAUGCACAAGACCUGCCCCAGUCCCUGCCGGACCUUCUGCAGCCCCGAUUUGAAUUCCAGGUCAUCGCGAGUCUUGUUUCUUCUCGUCGUUCCUGGGCACCUGGUCUUUCUGUACAUCAUCAACUCCAUGCAAGGGGGACACACUACACUCACGCCAAUAUUUAUAGCCUUCUAUAUGAUGGCUGCUCUACUGCAAGUACUGAUCCUGCUGUACGUUGCUGACUGGAUGAUCCACUGGAUGUGGGGACGAGGCAUGGACCCGGACAACUUCUCCAUUCCUUACCUGACUGCACUGGGAGACUUGCUGGGGACGGGAUUCCUCGCCCUCAGCUUCCACAUCCUCUGGUUGAUCGGAGAUCGAGAUGCUGACGUCGGCGAUUAAGGGGAAAAAAAAAAAAGAA